AUCGGUCACGUGCGCUCAGCUGUUUCAUAUCGACUCAGACUGAGGAAAUUAAAGUGCUAUUUACAAACACAAAAGAUGACUCUAAAAUCUUCUGUUUAACCUGCUGAGAGCAGAAUGAGGCCCCUGAAAGAUGCUCAGCUGGGGGCUUUCACUUUCUUUGCCUCAGCUUUGCCCCAUGAUGUCUGUGGAAGCAACGGUCUGCCUCUAACUCCCAACUCCAUUAAGAUCCUGGGACGCUUCCAGAUCCUCAAGACCAUCACACACCCCAGACUGUGCCAGUAUGUGGACAUCUCCAGAGGAAAGCAUGAACGGCUGAUAGUUGUUGCUGAGCACUAUGACAGCAGUUUAAGUGACUUCCAAAAGCAGGGCAAAAUGGCAAGUCCAGAGAAGGUGCUGCAGAUCGCCUAUGAGGUCCUCGAAGGCCUGGACUUCCUGAACAAACAUGGCAUGGUGCACAGAGCUCUCAGUGGACACAAUGUGCUCAUGGACUGUAAGGGCAACGUGAAGCUUGCAAAGUUUGGGCUCUAUCACAUGACAGAUCACGGAGCAGAUGUGGACUUCCCCAUUGGCUACCCAUCAUACCUUGCUCCAGAGGUGAUCGCUCAAGGAUCAUUUCAUCCUAGCGACCGUUCCCAUGACGAUGCACCUCCAUCUUCUGGUCCUAAAUCCGAUGUGUGGUCACUUGGGAUUCUGUUGUUUGAGCUCUGUGCUGGAAGACGACUGCUGCAAAAUAUUGAAAUAAGUGAGCGACUAAAGUUUAUAUUGACUCUGGGCUGCAUGGAUGACAUUGUUACUGUCCUUGCUGAGGAACAUGGAUGCCUUGAUAACAUUAAGGGUCAGCCAGAAAAUGUCCUGGAGUUAUUAAGGAAAUGCUUGACCUUUCUUCCAUCUAAAAGGCCGACCCCUGCCAAUCUGCUGGGAGACCCUGUGUUCUCUGGGAUCUCCAGCCUCUACUCUCCUUUUCAGAAACCUGUCAGUUUGUUUUCCUCGUCUUUGCGUUGCGCUCACAUAGAACUUCCAGAAGACAUCAAUGAACUUUGCAAAGAUGAUGAUGAAGACUACCUGUCGGAACGAGCCAUAGAUGAAGUUUACCAUCUGUGGUGUUUGGCCGGAGGAGACCUGGAAAAAGAACUGACCAAUAAGGGCAUUAUUCAGUCCAAGCCUCCAAUCUGCACUCUACCGAAUUUUGUCCUAGAGGAUGGUGAGACGUUCGGACAAGCGAGAGAUCGGAGUUUCCUGCUAGAUGACACAACAGUUACACUAUCACUGUGUCAACUGAGAAAUCGACUGAAAGAUGUUGGUGGAGAAGCAUAUUAUCCUCUACUUGAAGAUGAUCAGUCUAGUCUCCCUCAGUCCAACAGCAGCAAUGAGCUCUCGUCGACUGUCACACUGCCGCUCAUCAUCCGGGAGAGAGACACAGAAUACCAGCUCCUCCGGAUCAUCCUCUUCGACAGGCUGUUGCAGGCCUAUCCUUACAAGAAGCACUUGGUGUGGAAAGAGGCCAGAGUGGACAUCCCACCUCUUGUCCGGGGUCUCGCGUGGGCUGCACUGCUCGGCAUUGAGGGUGAUAUUCAAGCGAAAUAUGACAGUAUAGACAAAGACACUCCCAUUCCAACUGAUAGACAGAUUGAAGUAGAUAUUCCUCGCUGUCACCAGUACGAUGAGCUACUGUCCUCUCCUCAGGGCCACAGCAAGUUCAGACGGGUGCUCAAAGCCUGGGUGGUCUCACAUCCAGACCUUGUGUACUGGCAGGGUUUGGAUUCACUCUGUGCCCCUUUCCUUUACCUCAAUUUUAACAAUGAAGCACUAGCAUAUGCGUGCAUGUCUGCCUUCAUUCCCAAAUACCUGUAUAACUUCUUCUUAAAGGACAACUCUCAUGUCAUUCAAGAGUACCUGACUGUCUUCUCUCAGAUGAUUGCUUUUCACGACCCUGAACUCAGCAACCAUCUGAAUGAGAUCGGCUUCAUCCCAGACCUUUAUGCAAUUCCUUGGUUCCUGACCAUGUUUACACACGUAUUUCCACUACACAAGAUCUUUCACUUGUGGGACACUCUUCUUCUUGGAAACUCCUCGUUCCCUUUCUGUAUCGGUGUGGCCAUCCUGCAGCAGCUCAGGGACCGCCUCCUGGCCAAUGGCUUCAAUGAGUGCAUCCUACUCUUCUCUGACCUCCCAGAAAUUGACAUUGAGAGAUGUGUGAGAGAGUCCAUAAGUCUGUUCUGCUGGACUCCGAAAAGUGCCACAUACAGACAACACGCUCAGCCGCCCAAACCUGCUGGAGACAACGGCUUUGGGAAACCUGUCUCCUACUUCUCCUCUGAAUACCAAGACAUGACAAAGACUGAACUGUGUCGAGAGCCCAUGUCCCUGAGUGAGCUGAAAGCAGAAGUGUCUCCCAGGAUCUCUGCAGAGGACCUUAUCGAACUGUGUGAACUGUCACCUACUGCACCCACCAAAAGAACCAAGUCAGGCAAACCCAAAAUCAUCUCUGUGGACGUCCGCAGUGUGGAAGAUUAUAGCAGAGGUCACAUUUCAGGCAGCAUCAACGUCCCCUUCAGCACAGUGUUUGGGUCGGACGGGGAGCUGGUGCAGUGUCCCACAUCAGGAGUGCUGCAGAGCUACAGAGGACGACUCAUUGUGGUCAUUAGUCACGCCAUGAAGAGCGCUGCUAUGUUUGCGACUCACCUGGUCAAAGUGAAUUUCCCUCGAGUUUGUGUCCUCGAUGGAGGCAUCAAUAAGCUAAAACCCACUGGACUGCUCACUGUUCCUUCACCUCAGAUAUGAAUAAUUUGUAAUUCAUAUGUGUCACUUAAAACAAAUAUAUGAUUAUCAAUGUGAUCACUGUUCAUUUUCCAAGUCAAAUAAAUUGUUCAUGAUUUA